AUGUCCUCGUUCAGCGAUGAUCUCAUGUCCUCAUUCAGUGAUGAUCAGAUGGUGUCUCUGCCUAACUCAUCUCCACCCGACAACUUCCUUGAGCGCUUGUCGAAUGAGUGUCUCUUGCUCAUCAUUGACAAAGUGACCUUGCCCAAACAUGCACACGCAUACCCAAGAACCGACAUACGAUCGCUCAAGUCCAUGUCACUUGUCAACAAGAAACUACGACAAUUGUGUAUUCUCAGCCUUUUCAAGCAACCAAAACCACGUUUGUUCUUGGGCAAAGACGAACACUCAGCCGAGCAGCAUUUCAAGUCGUUUGUGAAAGCACCAUUCUUUUCCGCAAACCUGGUGUCACUAAAGAUGCGGAUCGUCCCCUCCAACAUGGCACCUUCAGAUGACCUUGGCCAAUCCCUUGUCGCUGCCCUCACUACUAUGCCCAAACUUCGAGCCCUAAGCUUGAACCUCGAUAACAAGGAAAGCACCACUUCCAACAUAAGAGUAGCCUUUCGUGCCUCGAAGGCAACUCUUCCCACUGUCAAAGUUCUUGAAGCUUGCGAAAUACCAAACGCCGCUUUUCUCCUCCGCGCAUGCCCUUCCCUCCGGAAAUUCAUCACAGUGUAUCCCAGCAAACAAUGGAAGAAAACCUUCGAGGUUGUUGCCACCAUGUCGAACCUUCAAGCGGUCUGGGUCACAAAUGAGAAAGGCUGGAAACCCGGGCACUUUCAAGAGCUGUUACAGUAUGUUGACAAUGUUCGGGAGUUAUGCUUGCAAGGUGACAUCUAUCGGUGCAAGCUUUCGAACCUUGCACCCUUUUUUUCUGAUCUGAUCGAAUUGAAAUCACUGUUCAUCAGCACGGAGCAAUGGGUGAACUACGCCUAUUUGAGCAAGCGCUAUUUUGAUGAUAGAUAUCUGGACGCGAUUGAAGACUUGAAAGAGAACUCGCCGUACAAUGAGGAGGCCGAUAUUGUCGCACGAUCAUUCUUCGCCGCAUGUCCAAGUAUCACUACUGUCCGGCUCGUGUCCCACAUCACCGAUACAUUCCGAUUUGUGCGUGAACAGACCGGUUCUGUUAAUAACAUCAGCAAAGGGGAGAAGGAAGACUGGCCAUACUCUCACCGAGAAUUUUCCGACUAA